AUGUUGGCUCGGACCAACCUCGACGAGGAACAGCACCCAAACCUCAAAGUGCGCAUCAUGACAUGGAAUAUGCACGGCACAAUUCCGAAAGGUGACCUCGAGAUCCUCCUGGGUCACUGCGAUGUGUAUCGGCCGGAGGAAGUACCGCCGCGCGAAGAAGGUAUGCCGCCUCCGCUGCCGAUGGACAACCAGCACCCCUAUCACAUGGUCGUGAUUGCGUGUCAGGAAUGCCCGUGGGGCGAGGGCGGUCAGCUCACCACAACGCUGCAUACCGCGGGUGAGAUUGGGAGCAUGACGCUGGGGCGCGUGCGCGCGGCGCGCGAUCUGCGCAGCGGCGAGCACAAGCGGAGCGACACGACACCAACGAUGCCUACUUCGCCCGAGCUAGAUCGCGAGCUGCGCAACGCCAACUCCAAGGAGUCUCUCAACUCGCUUUCCGGGGGCCUCUCGCAGCGGCGCAAGGUCCAGCGGCCUCCACUCAUGGUGCAUAUUGACGACAUACCCGACGACAGCGAAAGUCCCCAGUCGCCUCGGUCCGAGGCUGGUUUCUCGGAGCCCAAGGGCGGGCGCGGCUGGAGUAAGAUUUGCGAGGACUGGUACUGCCGUGCCAAGAACCCCACGCCGAUUGCCUCGCCGGUCAGCUCGCCUAUGCAAAACCGGGAGAUGGACCUGGACAUGCGCACCGUGGACUCCGCGCCGUCCGUGGGCCAGAUGAUGGACCGCGCGGGGAUGCGCUCCAGCUCGGGCAAUGUUACACCCAGCGCCGAGUCGCAGGUAUCCAGCGUGAAUAGCGAGCCGCUGUCUCCGCCGGUCCUCCGCAAUCCCCCUCGGCGCCUCGGCCCCUAUGAAUUGGUAAUCAAAGAGCGGAUGAUGGGUUGCUACUCGGCCGUGUACGUCUGGCGGCCGUGCCGCGACCUGGUGCAUGGCGCAAGCUCCAACAUGGUCAAAAGCGGCCUCCUUGCUGGCCGCAUGGGCAAUAAAGGCGGCGUGGGAAUCAGCAUCCACUUUGGCACGCUCCGCCUCCUCUUUGUCAAUGCCCACCUCGCAGCGCACGCAAACAAGCUUGGAGCACGCUUCGAUAAUGUGACUCGCAUCCAAAACGAGCUACGUGUGGACACAUUCCUCCCCCCUGACGACCCCCGGAACAAACUCGAAGACAUUACGGAGAAAUUUGACCACGUAUUCUGGUGCGGCGACCUAAACUUCCGCGUCGAUAUCACGCGAAAGCACGCCGAUUGGCUCAUCCAAAACAAGUCGUACGACCACGCGUUGGCGUUUGACCAGCUGCGAAAGGCGAUGCGUGAGGGCCGGAUCUUCCAGGGAUUUGACGAGGCACCGAUCCGAUUCCCGCCCACGUACAAGUUUGACAUUUUACGUGCGCAACUGCACCACGAGGGUGUGUCUGACGGCCGCGCAUCGGUCGAGGAGUCGUUUGACUCGCCGCGCGCGCAGCGCUCUGUGUGGAAGCGCAUGCUCGGCCGCUCGCCAAAGGAGGGGAAGAAGGCGCACAAGGAAAACACGGCGACACUCGGCCGUAGCACGUCGCAGGACUCGCUCUCGAAUGUCUCCGAGAGCUCGUCGAUCAUGGAAGAAGCGACGCAGGCCCUGCGCCAACACGGCUCUUUGUCAAAUCUGGCCGAAGGCACGACUGAGAAGCCCAUGGAUUCCAAGCUGGCCUCGGUCAUGAAGCAGACCAACCUGCGGCGGCGCACCUCGGCCGCGAGCUCUUUGCACUCUGGUGCGACGUACGACUCCAGCGCAAAAAAGCGCGUGCCGUCGUGGUGCGACCGCGUUUUAUACCGCUCCAACGGUUUUGCGCCACGAAACAAGCGCCGCUCCGUCUUUUCGCGGCGGCACAGCGACUACGCGCAUCAGAGUCGUACGAUCGACGACGACCCGGCGAACUACACCGAUGCUUCCAGGAGGAGUCUCGUGCAUGCCCCGCUGCAAUGGCUCCAUGCCGUCACUGGUCGCGAUGAGACGGUCGAGGCAGGUGGCACGGGCCACAUCACGGUGCUCGAAUACCGCUCCAUAGACGACGCCGAGGUCGAGCUCCUCGGCGCGCGCUCGGACCAUCGCCCGGUGAUCCUUAGCGCGGCCAUCGGACUGUAG